AAGUAAACCGCCUCCCGCUCGCACCAAAAGCCAGUUUUAUCGGAUUGGUCUCUACAACCUUCUUUAAGAAGGCCCGAUAAACCGAGUGUAGCCGCCCGACUCCGACUCCGACCCCGACCCGAGUACUAUCUUCUUCCUCCUCGCCUUCAUCGUUUCGCUUUGCUAAUUUAAUUGAUUGUCCCCAAAAAAAUACUAACUGAAUUCUCCCAUCUCCUUCUGUAUGCUUUCACCUGCGCCACUCACGUGACCUAACCAAAUGCUAGUGAAGUCCCUAACAUGUCUUCCCCCGAGCAAGCCUUAGCGUCCCUUGUCUCUCACCUUGCUCUCUCCCUCGACGGCGCUGUCUUGGGUGUGGCACUCGCCUACGCUGCUGUUCGCUCCUUCUUCAAGUUCACCGCCAAUUCCGCCGCCCUUCGCAAGAUCCGAAGCGCUCCGCAGCUUCGCGUGUCUGAUCUCCGUUCCCUCCUCCCGGUCUCAUCAGAAGAUCAGUCACAGCCAUCCGAUAGCGAUCCCUCUUCAACUCUGGUGAUUGUCCGCGGCACCGUAGAAGCGAAAUCAGCUGUUGAUGGGAGUUGGAAAGGCUUAAGGCACAACAACGUGUUGGUCUCUCAGGAGUCUGGAGAUAAAGCUGUUGUUAUCCAGAGAACACAGACUUACAUAUAUAAUGAGUGGAAGGGCUUCUUUGGGUGGACUUCGGAUCUGCGCGCUAUAUUUGGAAGAUCUUGGGGUAAACAAGAGUCUGCUUCAUCAAGAAUGGUACCUUUUGUUCUUGUUGAGGAUGGUCGAUGGCCACAAUCUGAUUAUGUUAUUGUCAACACGGAGGGCUCUUUACAUCCCCUUCCUCUUACAACUGUUUAUCACCAAUUGCAGCCUGUUAAUGCAUCCCCUUAUACAUUCCUUCAGGCACUCUUUGGUCAUGAAUAUCCUGUUGGUCUCCUUAAUGAAGAGAAAAUUCUUCCUUUGGGAAAGGAUAUAAGUGCUGUUGGCAUUUGCAGUUUUAAGAAUGGAAUUCCUGAGAUCAUGUCAUGCAAGGAUCUUCCAUAUUUUCUGUCAGACUUAACGAAGGAUCAGAUGCUAUUAGACCUUGCUUUUAGGACAAAGAUACUGUUUUGGAGUGGUAUCAUUCUUGGUUCUCUGUCAAUCAGUAUUCUUGGCUAUGCUGCUCUGAGGAACUGGAACAGAUGGAAAGAGCGGAGGCAACAAAGACAGGCCCAUCAACCUAGCCAUGCUGCCAGCAUUGAUGCAAACUCUGAAUUGACGGGUGAGGAGGAGAUAGGUGAUAUUCCGGAUGGGCAGCUGUGUGUAAUCUGCUUGAUGAGGAGAAGGGUGCCUGCUUUUAUUCCAUGUGGGCACAUAGCAUGUUGCCAACCUUGCGCUUUGUCGGUUGAACGGGAAUUAACACCAAAAUGUCCUGUUUGUCGACAGGAAAUCAGAGGCUCAAUGCGAGUAUUCUAUGCUUGAUGGAGAGAAUGACUUCUGGUAUUUUGAAAUUUCCACACCAGGAUUUCAGGACCUGAAAGUUGCUCUAGUAUUCAUUGACAUGGAGCAACCUUGAGUUAAAACUGAAAAACACAUUCUGUCCUCCCCUGUUAAAACUGUAUGCUGGUGGUUGGAGGAGAUGUUGCGGGUCAUUUCAUGUUAAAGAUAUACGGAUAGAUGGAACUGUUGGAAUCUUUCUUGUAAGUAUUUAGUCUUGUAAAUAAUUUCCUAUCUCGAUGAGAAACCAUUACUGUAAUUUUUGUUAACAAUUGAAUAGAUUUCUGAAAACUUGGGCUACGGUUCUCAUUACA